ACGGAAGCGACCUGUGACCAAGAACAGUUUCCACGUUAGCGUUUUUAUUUAGACGUUUAUUAACCCCCCUGGAACUCAUCAUAUGACUAAUGUAACUGCACAGCAUCACAUACUUACCCCAGAUAGUGUUUAAUUCGCUUUCGAGUUGGUUGAUAGAUGUUAUUUAAGUAAAGCUAGCUAGUAGCUGCUAACAAUGGCUAACUGUAUGGUUUUUCACACUCAAAUUGCCUCCAUCAUGGAGGUGCUAGCGAAUUCAGCCGUUGCAGAGAUCUGUAAACUCGUAGACGACGACUAUGCAGUGUUUCGUUUGGAAAUAACUCAAAGCCAGAAAGAAAACAGGGGAUUGAGGAGGAAACUACAGUUACUGGAACUCAAGGUGGCACGGGAGCGCGCAGAGAGGACAAUGCGAGAGCGCGUCCUCGCCAGUCGUCCCAGUAGUGUCAAGAUCCUCGACCGAUACAGAGGAAUGGCAAGAGGUGAAGGACAUCUCACUGGAGGCCACAGGAGCUUUGCGAAGCCAGCGUGGAGAGAUAACCAACCCUUAGCUAUAGAUGAGGGGAGUGGAACCUUAAUCCAGCAGGUUAUCGUGAUAGAGUCAGCAGAUGCAGAGGCUCCAGGUCCUGGGGUCAAGCAUGAGAGGACAGAAGGAGAGGAGGACCCACAGCACAGUAGAGACAUCCAAACUGAAGCAACGGCUGGAGUGGCGCCCCCUGUAGCCAAGGAGGACAUCGCAACUGCCGCCACGCCCCAGGCCAAGACUCAACCCAGCAUCACGGAGGAGGAGGAGGGUCCAGAGGUGCUGAUGAUGAAGGAGGAGAGUCUGGGGAACACUGUGGAGACCAUGGUCAUUGAGGACAACCAGACUACACCUCCUCCUGAACCCACAGAGGAACCAGCUGAGCAGCACAGGACCACAUACAGUCUCACUGAGUCAGUAGACAUGGAGGAUGGGAAGCCUGAUCUGCUGAUAGUCAAAGAGGAGACAAUUGAGGAUGAACCAGAGAGCAUUGAUCUGCUGAGUGGACUAAAGAUGGGGGAGCAAGGUGGUUGGCUGGAGGCUAACAGAGGAGACUGGGUGGCCAUUUUGGAUUCCCAGACCCAGACCAGUGCAGCCAAGGGCAAUAUCACUGAGCAGGCCAGGACCAGAGGUGACAUAGUGGAGUCUGCAGUCCAUGAGGACCUGCUGAUAUCCGGUGUUGCUAGAGGGAGAGACUGGACCUCUGAAGCGGCUGGUCACAAACCCUGGCCCCGGAUCAGAACCCUGGAUCAGGAGCCAUCGCUCUUCCUUCCCGAGUUGGAACCAGGACCCAACCACGAGGGACAGAGACUCCACCACACAGAACACAACCAGUGGACAGGUGGACUGAACAACCUCAGUCCUGGUGGUCAUCAGAGAGACAGAGGCUCCAGUCAGGGAUCCAGUCUGCAGCCCAGACCCUUCUCUUCACAGUCUCAGUGCAGGGAUGAAGCAGGGCCUGGGGCUGAUAGAGAUAGACCCUCCUGUUCCUAUGAUACAAACACCACAGUAUCCAUGAUGAACAGAGCAGGUCACCCUAGGCUUCAGCCUUCACAGAGAGUGGUGGGAGACCCAUCUGGUGGGAGUCUAACUUCUCCUUCAGGGUCUCGUCUAAUGCCUGGUGACUGGGUUCAUAGAAAGCCUGGGCCUGGGUCUAGCCUUCCUCAUCUACCUCAUGGUUUCCCCACCAAUACAGAUAGGGUUAGGAUUGGCCUUCACCACGAGAGUUACCUAGCCUAUAACACAGCACACAAUCCCAACAACACCCAAACAAUGGCUAGAGGUCAAGGAGGGAGCUCAAAUUCUAACCACUUGAGGGUGGUUGCUCCUGCUUCUACCUCCUCUGGUGUCAUUGAGUCACAACGUGGGAGGCCGAGCAUUAGGUCAGACGCCGACAAGCCAUACGCCUGCCCCACCUGUGGAAAGCGCUUCGCUGAGGCAAACUAUGUGAAGAGGCACCAGACAGUUCACACAAAUGAGAGGCCCUUCAAGUGCAAACUAUGUUACAAGAGCUUCUCCUUCCUGACUAACCUGAUCAGACAUAGGAGUGUCCACAAAGGGGAGAAAUCGUAGCAGUGUGGCUUGAGAUGUAAACAGAGGAUAUCUGGGAACUAUUCUUAAGCUGGCAUACUGAAUUAUAAUUAUCAUGUGAAGUGUCUCAGUUGAGCAUCUGAGUAUGCUCACCAUCUCUGAUGAUAGACUUGUUGUUUGGUGUGCAGGCAUAGCCAAAACAGUCAUUUUAUUGAAGUGUAACUAUAUCGCCCCUCUGAAUUUGGUUUUGUCUAUAUUCUAUACCCUCUUUUUUUAUAAUAUAUUUAUAACACCUCCUAAUGUUAUUGGGUAUAAUCAGGUGGUACCUGUUCCUUUAUGUACUGAAACAAUGUGAUCAAAUCUGUUAAUACAUUUUUAACCAUGUUGUCCUUUUGAUAUACUACAUUACCAAAAGUAUGUGGACACCUCCUUGUCAAACAUCUCAUUCCAAAAUCAUGGGCAUUAAUAUGGAGUUGAUCCCCCCCCUUUGCUGUUAUAACAGCCUCCACUCUUCUGGGAAGGCUUUCCACUAGAUGUUGGAACAUUGCUGCAGGGUCUUCCUUCCAUUCAGCCGCAAGACCAUUAGUGAGGUUGAGCACUGCUGUUGGGCGAUUAGGGCUGACUCGCAGUUGGCAUUCCAAUUCAUCCCAAAGGUGUUCGAUAUGGUUGAGGCGAGGGCUCUGUGCAGGUCAGUCAAGUUCUUCGACAAACCAUUUCUGUGUGGACCUCGCUUGGUCCACGGGGGCAUUGUCAUGCUGAAACAGGAAAGGGCCUUUCAGAGGCAGUUUGGAACUCGGUAGUGAGUGUUGCAACUCAGGACAGACCUAUGACGGUGCCUCGUUGAAAGUCACUGAGUACUUCAGUAAGGCCAUUCUACUGCCAAUGUUUGUCUAUGGAGAUCGCAUGGCUGUAUGCUCGAUUUUAUACACCUGUCAGCGACGGGUGUGGCUGAAAUAGAUGAUAAUUUGAAGGAGUGUCCACACACAGAUAGAUAUGUAUAUCUAUAUAGAUAUAUGUUGACUUUUUACUUACUUGGUUGUUAUGUAGUAUUAUAAACUGGGUGGUUUGAGCCCUGAAUGCUGAUUAGCUGACAGUCGUAGUAUCAGACCACAUACCACAGUUAUGUCAAAACAUUUUUUUACUGCUCUAAUUACAUUGGUAACCAGUUUAUAAUAGCAAUAAGACACCUUGGAAGUUUGUGGUAUAUGGCCAAUAUACCACAGCACUCCUCAUUGUAUCGUGCUUAAGAACAGCCCUUAUGUUGCGUUCGUAACCAAGUGGGAAUUUACCACAUACGACUGGAGAAAAUCAAUUUGAGCUGGUAACUACUGGUAAUUACUUGUCUAUCAUCAUGACUUCCCACUUCGCCCACAUGCUGACCUCUGACAUCUACUAAGGAAAUUACCUCGGUAAUAGCAUUCUGGGCUGGUAAAUGCAACAGGUAAAUGGUAAAUGCAAAACAUUAUUUAUAAAAAGCAAUCUAUUAAUAUGGGUUUUCAGCCAUACUUUAUGUACUUUAUAGUUUACACAGCUUGUUGGCCAUUAGCCAAUCUGCCUUUCUCAACGAGUUCAAAGCACGUGAAUGCAUCCAACUGGUAUUUACGACUUCACAACUGGUAAAUUCCCACCUUCCACUUAGUUAUGAACACAGAAUUAGUCAUGGUAUAUUGACCAUAUACCACACCCCUCGGGCACUAUUGCUUAAUUAAAAUUGGCCUUAGUUUCCUUGGCUUCCUUCGACCUAAGCCAACCGUCUCAGCAAUUAUUUGAGGUAAUUUACUGUCAUUUUUCCACCACUGGAAAUGACCACCAGUACAGAGUAGGGUCUUUAGAAUCUACACUGAGUUUACAAAACAUUAAGAACACCUUCCUAAUGUUGAGUUGCACCCUCCCCCUUUUGCCUUCAGAUCAGUUUCAAUGGAAUCUACAAGGUGUCAAAAGUGUUCCACAGGGAUACUGGCCUAUGUUGACUCCAAUCCUUCUAACAGUUGUGUUAAGUUGGCUGAAUGUCCUUUGGGUGGUGCGCUAUUCUUGAUAUACAUGGGAAACUGGCACCUACUACCAUACCCUGUUCAAAAGUACUUAAAUAUUUUGUCUUGCCCAUUCACCCUCUGAAUGGCACACAUACACAAUCCAUGUCUACAUUUUCUCAAAGCUUAAAAAUAUAUAUUUUUACCCAUCUCCUCUCCUUCAUUCAUCUACACUGAUUGAAAUGGAUUUAAGAAGUGACAUCAGCAAGGGAUCAUAGCUUUCACCUGGUCAUUCUAUGUCAUAUACACCCAGUCAUGUCAUGUACACUGAGUGCAUAUAUGGUGCUAUUUAAUGGAGGUCUCUGGUCUAAAUAGUCAGCAACACAUACAUAUACAUACAUAUAUAUAUAUAUAUAUAUAUAUACAUACAUACAUACAUACAUACAUACAUACAUAUAUAUAUAUUCUACAGACCCUACUGAGUAAUCCCAACCCUCUUUUACAUCGGCACCUCGAAUAGUUCUCUAUAAGCCCAUUUGUAUUUUACAAUAUACAAUGUAUUGUAUCGGGGGCAUUUAUUUGACCGUAUUUUGAAACCAACAUUUAAUGCAAAUGUCACUUAAAUAUGA